AUUUAGCGAGUGGAAUUAUUUUCCUACAUGAAUAGUGCUUGUCUCUCGAGGAAAUCGAUCUAGAUCUGCUAAUAUCAUGUCUGCAAAUUUUGAUGGGACUAGUAAAAUUUGCACAGCUGAGAGUAACGAAAAGUCCUCAAAAGACUACAAGGAGUUGAUAGACAAAGAGGAAUAUGAGCUUAGGAAGCGUCUGCCAAGGAAAUUACCCAAGAGGAAAACAGAUGUGUAUGUCACCAGAAAAACUAAUUUUAGCAGUCAAUUGCAAAGAUCUCAGAAAAUACUGGAUUCAGAGAAUGAGGUGUAUGUUCAUGGACUAGGUGCAGCUAUAAAUAGAGCAAUCAACCUUGCCCUGCAGUUACAAUCUAAAGGUCAAGGUCUGGUGGAAAUAUCGGCUCACACUUCAACUGUGGAGUUAGUUGAUGACCUUGAACCCCAAGCUGACGAUCUAGAACCAGAAACUCAAUCACGAAAUAAUUCUGCUAUUCACAUUAAAGUGUAUAAAAUGAAUCCUGUGAAAGUUGAACUAUCAACAAACAAUGAUGCAGCAUCAUGAUAUUGAUUGUUAAUUAAAAAGUUCUUGCAAAAAAUGUUUUGAUUUUUACAUAAUACUGUAGUUGACAGUUUAAGAGGGAACUUAUACUGCCUCGCUAGUGAGCUAGCUUUUCUAGUGAUGUGGUAGAGUGUCUCUCUCUGCAUCACACAAGUUAAGCAAUGGAGAGCAUUAUCAGCACCUGGCUGGGUGACCGCCACAUGCUACAAAUUGGUGGCAGCGCUACACUGACGUCACAGUAUACGCGGCCUAAGAAAUCGCUAUCCCAUAAUGCCUAAGUGGAAGAGUUUGGUUUGUGAGCAAACGAACUCUGGUGGAAGUUUGAAUUGUGACCUUGUUAUGUGAGAAUUAGGAUAUAGGUAAUGACUGCCUCUGUUUUAGUAUUGUUCAUACCAAAUAAGACCCCACUCUCAUGAAGUACUUUUCAAAAUAAUCACAUAUUAUUUUGCUUCCAUGGCUCCACCCAAGGCGGCACUAUCUAUUAAUUUUUAAAAAACAAAAUAUAGAAAGGAACGAGAAGGAAAACAACAACACAGAAACAGUACAAUAUUUUUAUGCCCCCGAGAUCGAAGAUCGGGGGGCAUAUUGUUUUUUUCCUGUCUGUCAUUCUGUCUGAAACUUUAACCUUGCUAAUAACUUUUGAACAGUUAGUGAUGGAGCUUUGAUAUUUCACAUGAGUAUUCCUUGUGACAAGAACUUUCAGAGGUUACCAACAUUUUUGAUCCCGUGACCUUGACCUUGGAGUUUGACCUACUCUUUGAAAACUUUAACCUUGCUAAUAAUUUUUGAACAAUAAGAGAUAGAGCUUUGAUAUUUCACCUGAGUAUUCCUUGUGACAAGACCUUUCCGUGGGUACCAACAUUUUUUACCCCGUGACCUUGACCUUGGAAUUUGACCGACUUUUGGAAAA